AUGGUCUCGUUUAAUUGCGAUGGAUGCGGCGAUGUGGUGAAGAAGCCCAAGCUCGCCCAGCACUACAACCGUUGCUAUGCUCCGUUUACUUGUCUGGACUGUAGCGUCCAAUUUGCGACGCCGAAGGAUGCCCACACUUCGUGUAUUACGGAAGACGAGAAGUACCAAAAAAGUGAUAAUGGUGCUCAGAGCACGCAAGCUCAGCAGACCACGCCUGUGACUCCCGCGCUUGUGCAGCCCGUCGCUAAGGAUACCACAUUGCAGGACAAUGCUGCUAGCGUCAAGGGUGUGCGGACGGAGACAAACAAUGGGAAGGAGGACAAGAAACGCAAGAGGGACACGGAGGAUGCAAAGGAAAAGGAUACCAAAAAGUCGAAGCCUGCGAAAAAGUCGGUUGGGAUUGAUUCGGUCAAGUCAAUGACGCAGAGUAUUGCCAAGAAGGGCGGAAAGGUGCCUUUCAGCGACAUUGUGAAGCAGCUGGCCAAGAACAAUGGCCUGAAGUCAAAGGCAGUCAAAAAGAGUUUGCUGAAGAAACUGCAGGUUUCUGUCCUUCCGGAUGGCACUGUGCAGCUCUCGUAA